AUGUGUCCUGCAAAACGCACAGCCUUCCUCCAGUGGCAUACCAAGAAAGUUCAAGAAGGAGCCUUGUUUGACUUGCAAGAAGAACUCUUAGCCCACUGUCAGAGCGAUGUCGACAUUUUGAGACGUGGAUGCACUAACUUCCGACAGAAUGCCAACAGGACGGUUCACAUGGAUCCCCUUGUAGAGGUGAUCACAGCCGCUGCGUUCACAAUGAAAUCCUUCCGAAAACACGAUCUGAAACCCGAUACCAUGGCCAUUCUUCCACCUCAAGGCUACCAACCCAAGAGAAACUAUUCCCAGGCCUGUAUGCACUGGAUAAGUUAUCUCAUGGAGACCAACCCCGAUCUGCAACUCCAGCACGCCAGGAAUGGAGGUGAAAAAGAGUUCACAUUGUCCAGAACCCAGUCGAAAGAAGACUCCCCAGGGCCCAUGUUACAACUGCCAAGUCGUGGGCCAUUUCGCUGCAGAUUGCCCAGAACCAAGUUGAAAGAAGACUUCAGCAGUGCUGUCCAUGUCGACACCAGUGACACAAGUGACACAAGUGCUUCAUCUCAUAGAAGCCAUGCAUAUCGAUGUCCGUGCCCUAAAAGAAUGCAUCACACAACUCCAUGGGGGCAUCGCACCACGUCUAGGGAAAAGAAAACGGGACAGAAGCCCCUCAAGAAAGCACUCUUCAAAGGACUCAUUGAUAGCAGCUUUGGGCCAAGUCUACAGGACCUCCAGUGCCUGUACUCCGUGGGUGUUCAGACCAUCAGCACCCUGUUUCCUGUGUACGCUGGCUUCAAGACAGCAGGCAGCGUGCUGUACGUGCCGGGACUCAUUGACAGCUGCUUUGGGCCAAGUCUACAGGACCUCCAGUGCCUGUACUCCGUGAGUGUUCAGACCAUCAGCACCCUGUUUCCUGUGUACGCUGGCUUCAAGGCAGCAGGCAGCGUGCUGUACGUGCCGGUACAUGCAGUGUUCAAUGUGUAUACACUGAUGAUGGUGUGUGUCCUUGUCAGCAGUUGCCUCGUGUUGGUAAUACCCCUCUGUUCCUCAUUCUGGGUGGCUGCAGCUGCAAGUUCCGGGUUGGGACUGACUGAAGGUGUUGCAAGUAGCGCUUUUGUAGCCACAACUGGUGAGUUGAGUCAAGAAAGUACCAUACCUUUCCACUUGUUGGGACUGGCAGCGGGUGCUGGACACAUCCUCGGCCCAUUAAUGAUCUCCCCUUUUCUGAGCAACAUCAAUCCCAAUGGAAACAGAUCUAACAUCACAGCCGACGAAUUGGAGAUGACGACAGACCCAUGUGGAGACUCCGACUCAAACAUUAUUUAUGCAUAUCUGAUCUUUGCUUCAUGUGGACUGAUACUUGUCAUUCUCCUGGCCCUUCUACGUUAUGGACGAAAGAGCAACCCGGAGCAGAAGUCCUGCCAGAAGAAAGACAAAUCCUUUGGGAAACUGGAAUUGAUUUUAAUCAGUUUCCUUGCAUCCUUAAUGUUCAUAGGGGGUGGCACAAAUUUCGUUUACGGGUCACUGUUGUUGCUCUUUGGAAUUCAUAGCAGUCUACAUAUGCCUGAGACCACGUUGGCCCUCAUGACAUCGUCGUUUUAUGCCGUGACAGUGUUGGGGCGUGUUGGAGGGGUGUUUGUGAGCUUGGUUGUUUCCCAGUCAUGUUUGAUCACAGCAUGUUUGGUCGGGCUACUAGCUGCAUCUGUGUUGCUGGUGUUUACUGCUGAAAGCAGUUUGCUGUAUUUGUGGACAUGUUCCCAUAUUCUCGCACUGUUCUAUGCUCCGAUAUAUGCAGCACUGAUAGCAUGGUGUGUGGAAAAUGUUAGGUUGAACGAUACUGUGUGUGCGAUCUUUACAUUAUGUGACAUAGCAGGGACAUCACUGGUAGCCGUUGCUAUAGGACAACUAAUGUCAGUCUUUGAACCUCAAAUGCUGCAUUAUUCUCUCACAACAAUAGCUUUGAUACAAAUACUGCUAUUUCUUUGUAUUUUCCUCCUUGGGAAGCUGGUACGAAAAGGUACUGAAGAAGAAUACACUGUUCUGACUGGUAGUGAGUGAGUAAGUUAGUAUGGUUUUCGUCGCUUUUUGCAGUAUUCUAGCAAUAUCACGAUAGAGGAAUCCAGAAAUGGGCUUUACACAUAAUACUUAUGUGGGGCUUCAAGCAAGCCAGCGAGCCUGGACCAGACAAUCCAGUGAUUGAUAUCAUGAGCAUCGACCCAAGCAAUUGGGAUCGAUGACAUGCUUCAACCAAGUCAGCGAGCCUGACCACCCGAUCCGUUAAACGCCUCUGCCGACAAGCAUAGUCGCCCUUUACGACAAGCAUGGGUUGCUGAAGACCUAUUCUACCCCGGAUCUUCACGGGUCUGACUGCAGCUGCACAGGUAGCAAACAGAUUCCUGCCUCCCCUGUGUGAGAUGCUGUGGAUGAGUAGUCACUAUCAGUAUCGUAAAG